AUGGUACCAGACUUAUUUCACAGAAACAAUAUCACAGGCUUUGCCUUUGAUCCCCCAACAGGUUAUAGUGAUUCCACGAUGGAUUGCUUUACUAUAAGAGAGAACAAGGCGAAUAGUCGUCACAUCGAAAGCAUGGACAAUUAUAUUACAAAGCGACAUAAUUACACUCAGAUUGCACAAACUGAUCAGUCACCCUCUCGUGGCUACUUUUCGCCAUUAUCAUCACCUGUAUUGCCUCUAGAACUAUCAUCUAUUGAUAACGAGAACGUGUUUUUAUUAACUCAGCAACUGGCCUUGGUAGAGGCACAACAGUCGUUGCUUAGAGAGCAGCUUAUUCAAGAAGAUCUCGAGACCGCGGGAAAAUCAAUUUAUCGCACGGAUCAAGCAUUGAUUCAGCGACAACAAGAACAACACCAAGAACAUCAAGGAUCACCCUUGCAAUAUAAUGUAGUGAAUAAUAGUAGUAAUAGUAGUAAUAGUAGUAGCAGUAGCGCUGAUCAUACACAAGUGUAUAAUUAUCAACAUAUCUAUCCGGCGUCAGCCACACCGGCAUCUUUGAUGAAUCUGGAUCAUCGUCUUCAUUCUACUCCUACUAUGACAGGAGCUCCUAUAGACAUGCAUCUAUCCGAUCAACCGACACCUAUAGAACAGUACAUAAGCUACAACAGAAACCACAAGCUCGAGACUGUCAAGAACGAGACACACUUGUCUGCCAAACGAACAAUGUCACCACGUGCGCUAAAACCUCUUAUUUCACCCUACCUACAGCCUGACCAAAGGAACCUUCAAUUCCUGAAUGCUGGCGAAGUGCCUGUGAUGGACCAUCGUCGAUCAGCUCAUAAAGUAGCAGAACAAAGAAGACGAGACACACUCAAGCAGAGCUUUGAUGAACUGAGAGGGGAAAUCGUUGAGCUCUUGGUUGCUCGUAGUGUCCAUAAUUUAACAGAGGACAUCGAUCAGAUUAGAAAAGAAAAAGAAAAAGAAGUGAAAACGAUGAGCAAGAUAUUGAUUGUACAACACUCGUAUGAAUAUAUUACUCAGUUAAAAGCAGAAGUUCGAGAGAAUAAUGAAAGAAUGAGACAUAUGCAAACAGAAUUGCAAGCAUUAAGGCAAAGAGUUGCAGAACUGGAAAGACAUCGUUCAUAG